AUGACUCAGAGCGUUAGAAUAUGCACCGGGGAACUCUUUUUCACUCUCAACUGGACCGAUCAUGCCCAAGCUUGCACCUAUCAUCGUCGCGCAUUGCUUUCACUCUUCACACAGGUGAGCCCGGCAUCCACCCUGGUCUACACAGUCUGCCUGUGCGAUCACCUGACCGGGUUUGGCACCUCCGCCGGGACAGAACCCAACAGGAUCAACUUCAGGAGCGUCUUCAAGAAGUUCCAGGACCUGGUGAACAACUACGCGGUGUGGACCACCAUGGUGGUGCUGAUGGGCAUGUACGUCUUCAUGAUCUACCCCGCUCGCAGGAAGGACAAGAUAGACGAGCAGGAGUGGAGUAUCAAGAACGUGCACGGCAACCGGGAGAGUCAUCCCUACCGGUUCCUGGUGAGGGUGGAGACCGGGCACGACUGGGGGGCCGGGACCAGGUCAAAGGUCGCCUUCGUGCUGAACGGAGAUGUGGGCAGCACAGGUCCACGGGAGUUUCAGCAGGAUGACAUGACGUUCCAAAGCGGCGGCGUGAACACCUUCCUGCUGACCACCCCUGAGCCGCUAGGCGGCCUGGCCAGCCUGACCGUGUGGCACGACAACUCGGGGGCGGGCCGCCACGCCUCCUGGUGUCUGGAGAGGGUGGAGGUCACCGACCUGCAGACAAACAAGAGGACCCAGUUCGUGUGUAACGACUGGAUCGGUGUGGAGCACGGAGACGGGCGGCUUGUGAGGACCCUGCCUCCCCCGGCAGAGACCCAGUUCGUGUGUAACGACUGGAUCGGUGUAGAGCACGGAGACGGGCGACUGGUGAGAACCCUGCCUCCCGCGGCGGAGUCGGACGUCUCCCUGGGGCAGCGCUUCGGCCUGAAGCUGCGCGAAAAGUUCAAGGACGGGCACGUCUGGCUCUCCGUGGUGACGUCACGACCCAAGAGCUACUUUACCCGCGUGCAGCGCCUGUCAUGCUGCCUGUGCCUCCUGUACUGUAAGAUGAUCACCAGCGCCAUGUGGUUUCCCGAUUCCGAGCAGGGAACAUCCAACGUCGUGCUCACCAUUGGAUCCAUCGAGCUGACUGCUGAAACUCUGCUGGUGAGCCUCUGGACCACUCUGCAGGUUUUCCCCGUCAACUUCAUCAUCGUGCAGAUCUUCCGACGAUGUCGCCCGAAGGGCGCGCCGAAGUCGUCAGGCCGGAAGCUGCCGCACUGGUGCCUGUACGUGGGGUGGGCGCUGCUGGUCCUGACCACCCUGGUCUCCGGGUUCUUCCUCCUGCUGUACAGUCUGGAGUGGGGGAGGGACAAGUCCGUAAAGUGGCUCACAGCGUUCGGACUGUCCUUCCUGCAGUCCAUGGUGGUGGUUCAACCGGCUCAGGCUAUUAUGUUGACCUUUGGAACGACAAUCCUCUGUGCAUUUCGUAAGAAGAAGAGCGCCACUGGCGACAAAGACGAGGAUGUCGAAGCGGGAAAGCGCCAGCCUGUCGAUGAGACCCUCCCCACCCAGACCCAGAACGCCUGGUCAGACCCGGAGGAAACGGAACAGCUGAAGCAGCAGCGUGACGAGAGGAAGAACUGGCUACAGCUGACCGGCAACGGCAAGCGGUGUAUUGUGGGUAUCAUCAUCAUCGCUGCCGCCUGGCUGAUGGUCCAUGAGGCGUGGAGUCCUUCCGCCCCUGCCAUUAACCAAGGCCUGAAAACUGGCUUCUUAAAUGGGACCGACUCGGUUAAGGCGCAUGAGGACGUGCUGUCGUGGCUGGAAGGUGACCUCGCGCGUCAGCUGUACCCAACACAACAGUACAACGGCGCCGCGCUGGGCUGGAAGGACGGAGUGUUCAUCAACGACAUGCCUGCUUACCGGGUGGGGCCGAUCCGCCUCAGGCAGUUCAGGGGGCACACAGGCCUGUGUGACGUUCCACUGCCGGCUCUUCGUUCCAACCAGACGUGCUUGAGUCCAUACGUCAGCGGGAUGGCAGACGACGCACUCGCAUCCGUCCCAGAGUCGAAUCCUGCAAACUUCGCUCACGUUGUCCACGGGACAAGGGGAUCGUACGGCGGACCCGGUUACAGCGUCGAGCUCGGAGAGAUAAAGGCGGACAUGAUGGAAGCGCUCGAGGUCCUGAAGGCAAAUCAGUGGAUCGACCCGUUCACGGCCGCUCUCGUGCUGGACGUGACGCUGUACCACGCCAACACCAACCUGGUCAGCACAGUGUCCGUGCUCUUCGAGUUCCCGCCAACAAAGGGAGCCAUCACGACCCUCCAAGUCGCCACAUUCCCGCUGGCCGCGCAGGGCAUCGCCUCCACCAUCCUUUUCGUGGCCAAGGCCAUGUUCGUCGCCUGCAUCCUCUACGUCAUUAUCCGCCUUGUGAAGAAGGCGCGCAAGGAGGGGAGGGCCAUCUUCCUCCAGCUCUGGACCAUCGUGGACGUGGCGUCGGUCGUGACGGCGCUUUACGUCAUCGUGGCGAUCGCUAUGAAGGACGCCUCAGCGGGGAAAGCAAAGGCGCUCAUCAGCCAGGAAUUACAGAAGGAGCAACGCGGCUUCGUGGACCUGUCUGAGGUCGCCUUCUGGAGCGACCAGUUGACCUCCGCCGUCGCCAUGGUGAUCUGGUUCAACCUGGUGAAGAUCUGCAGCCUGAUGAGGGUCAGUAACCGGGUCCGCACGUAUCUCGAUGUGCUGAUCCAAACCCGCCUGCAGCUGCUGGGCAGCCUAGCCAUCUUCCUCCUGACCGUCGCAGGCUUCAGCAUGUUGGGCCACCUGCUGUUCUGCCCGUACGUGGAGACGUUCCGGUCGCUGACCGCCGCCACAGCCGACCUGGCGUUCCUGCCGUGGGCAGACGUCAGCUACGACGUCCUCGCCACGCCCAGCGAGGUGGUGGGACCGCUGUUCCUCCUCACCUCAAGCUUCACCCUCCUGUUUAUGGUGCUCAGCUUCACGGCAGGCGUGUUCGUCAGCGCGACGUCCGCCAUGAUGGGCGAGAAGGGCAGGGGGAAGGUCGUCGCGGCACGGCAGCGGGGGGAGAGGCGCGCCAGGGCCGCCAGAGAGAACAGGGUUGCGGCGCCUCCAGCCCGUAACGAUCUGCACUAUUGCAACUGCGAUGAUGGGAACGAGUGUUUUGGUCAGACCCACACAGCUGAGACACAGGUCUAAAUCAGAACACUUGUGAUGAACCUGCAUUGUAUGGCUGUACGAUGUUAACCAGGUUCACAGUACAUCUACAGUAAGGCUAUUUUCUCAGUCUACUAAUCUAUGGAACUCUCUUGAUGACAACUCGUUCCCUUCUCUACAACCUUUAAGCCUUUAAAACUAAUAAUCGUCGCUAUCUCCUUGUAUAAUGAUGUUUACCAUUCAUCAACUCACGUCAUUGCCUAGGAAUGAUCUUAUGGACUUACUUUGAACAAUGCCGACCUGGACCGGAAAUGGACAUGAAAACUAGAUUUGAAUUUGAUGUGUGUAGUCGUAUUUCUUUUUUUUUUCAAGUAAUACAAAUGAUUGUUUAGUAUGUUACAUUGUAAUUGUUGUUUACAGCAGUAUUUGUUUAUAUUCUUUAA